UUCUUGACUCUUGUUUCGCAUACGGAGAGUAUCGUACAACGGCACCAGAUAGUGACCCAUUUUUCGGGCGUGCGGACCGUUUUUACCUUCUGCACCAGUUUUGAAUUUAUUCCUUUUUACUAGGAAAAAUCGGAAUUUGUUUCAAGGCCAGGAACAGUUCUAUUCUCUAAAGUGAAAGAUACAGCGAUCAAGAGGGAAAUCUUUGGCGUUCAUUGUUCCACACGAAAAAAAACUGGAGAUAUCAGGAGAAUCGAUAUGGGAUUAUUAUUAGAACAAGAUGUAUUGGGUAAUUGAUGCUGAUAUACUCAUUAUACGCUAGAAGUGAUCAUGGUAUCAUGUUAGUGGUUCAGAAAGUUUGCUAAAUUAGGGCUGAACAGGAAAAUAUGGAGAAGAUUGCGUGCUUGCAAGACAAUUUGCUUCCUGCAGAAAUCGAACACGUAACUCGAUUAUGAGAUAAAUGGAGGUAUUUCCAUCAGUUGUGAAGUGUGCGUAUCAGCCGAGAGCAGAAGUUGUGACGGAAAAAAAGUGUUUAAUGCAGAUGAAAUUUAUUCAAAACUAAGAAAAGGAUAUUUCGUGAAAAAUGAGAAAAAUGAUUUCAUCCUUCCUUGUUACAGAUAAGGUGUGAGAGAGAGAAUAUAGCAGACCACAAGUGAGCAUGAGAGAAAGAGACAAAAUUCGAAAUCGAGCAAGUCGAUAAAUCUCCGAGAAAAGAAGGUUAAUUAAAACUUUUUUUUGUGGCAAAAAGUUUUUGUUGUCGGCUUAUGAAAUGGUCUGUAUCUUGUAGAUCGAGAAACUAUUUCGUCCGAUACUCUAAAACGUGAAUGUAGUGCUGAGUGAAUAGCCGUUCGAUACGCCAGUUCUCAAUUCAGGAGUAAAAUGAAUCCGCUAAACUCUUGAACGACAAGUGAAAAGCUAUUAUUUCUCCAGACUUCCUUCGGUUGGCAAGCCACAGAUGAUGGUGCGGAAUUGAAGUCGAAGGAGUAUAUUUAAGGAAUUUCAUAUUAAACUUCGACACAGUUGAAGAUGAACGUCAUCGAUAGAUGAUGAAAUAUCGAGUUUGUGAAAAAAUAAAGUAGGAAUAGCGUAUGCAUCAUUUAAUAAAUCAUCAAUUACACCCUGUACUGUUGGUCUAUUGCAGCAACUUUCUGAGUAUGUGAUUAUUCGUGUGUCUGUGAAGUAUAUGUGAAAAAGUGUUUCUGUUUGCACCUUUGGAGAAUUCUUUAGCAAGAAAACAGAAGAAUAUAAAAAACUCAUUGACAAGCAUCAUAUCCUCAACGUUCCUGAACUGUGUCCAGAGUCACGAGCCCAGCGAAGAGCGAGCGAAACCAUUCACCAGAACGGACAUCUCAAAUUAUUGUGAUGCUGUAAAACAACCUGACAUCCAUUGUAUAGGUCAGUACACGAAAGCUUUUUUCAUCUCUACACUCGCGACAAGACGAUGUCCAGUGACGCAUUGUGGGUGUCUGACGCCAUGUUGGACUCACUCAGUAUGCAACUUCGGGAUGCUGAAGCUCGCCGAGCGGAAGCGGAACGCGCACAUCAGGAAGCUCUGGCACAGCUUAGGGGUAUGUCAUCCGGCGUUGGUAGGAUAGGCGAACCAAUAGAAACGAUGCAAUCCAGAGCACGCGAGUUGGAGAAGAAGGCUGCUCUUGAAACAGUCAGAUGCGAAGAGUUACAGCUAGAAUUAUCAGCAGCGCUCAAAUCUCGGCCCGGUCGAAUGCCUGCCAGUUCCAGCUCCGUUGGUAUCGGAGGCCUCAGUAGCACAAUCACAAGUAAUCAAACGUCCAUGGUCAACAAUAUUGGAAGCCCAUAUAUGGUUGGCAAUCCGACCUCAUUGGGAGCAUCCUCCGCGCUGAGCGGGUUCGGAGGUGGUGGUGGCGGAACAGGCGGAACAGGAGGAGGCAGUACUGUAACUUGGGCUCCAACGCCGACCCAACAGCAAGGAACUGAGAUAGAUAGGAUUAUGGCGAAGAUCGAACAGGCACGUUUAUCAAUUGCUAAUGACAAUCGUAUAUUGGCCGAGUUAGAGCACCCGCGAACCACUGGACCGAUAAUGUCAUCAACGCUGGGGUCUGGUCUGACAAGUACUAGUCUUGGCCUAUCCCAGCAUCAGCCCCACCUCCAGACAACAAAUUUAACGUCCCAAAUCAACAGCACUUCGAUGCUCGGCGGACUUACCGGUCUGACCAACAACGGCAUUCCUUCGAGUGUUGGAACCGGGAUUCCGAACUCGAUUGGCCUGAAUUGUAUAGGAAUGAACUCGAUCGGCAGCGUUGGAGUCAACUCUGGUGUUAACUCUAUGAACGUUUCGUCAGUUGGAGUUACUUCGAGUGCCAGUAGCCAUGCAUUGACCGAUGGACAGUACAGUGUGCUAACAUCAUCGACAGGAAAUUCAGGAAAUCCGUACUCAGCAGCUAAUGUUUCACCACUGCCAAAUCGAGCAAACCCAUUGAGCACUACUAUGCCACCCUUAUGUCAGAGCUCUACAAUGCCCGUCCUGUCAUUACACAACACCCAUUCGAUACCAUCGGGAUCAGCCAGUUACACCCUAGGACUGAGCGUGGCACCCGUCGCUUCAUCGUACUCAUUUCCAACGCACUCGGCUACAACCGGAGGACUCGCGAGUGUACUCGGGACGAUAGGCACCUCUGGUGUUGGCACAACCGGAGUUUCGAGUUUAACGGGAUUGGGUUCCGGAUACGGAGCCGGUACAGGGUUAGGUUUAAGCUCAACCAAUCCACUGUCGAAUUCGUUGGGUACUAACCUCACCAAUCUGAACACAAACACGUCGUAUUCGACCUACACCAAUCCACUACUGUCCUCCGGUGGUAUUAGUUCUAAGAUAAAACCGCUGGACGAGCUAGACAUACUGACACGGUAUGGCCAGCGAGGGGGUACACCGUGUUCACCCAUUCCACCGAACAACUGGGGCUUGGACAGUUACUCCGGUAUUGAUGGUGUCAAUCCUGCCUUCAUGCACACUCAAAAUCGGUCCUUAAUUGGAAUGGAACUAGACGCACGAACGCACGGUUUAACACUAAACGGUACCGGUGAACCACAAGUGGAUAUGUUAGAUAUACCGGGAAAAGGUAGAUGUUGUGUAUUUAUAGCAAGAUUUUCCUAUGACCCGCCAGAUGUGGAAGGUUCUGAAGGUGAAUUGGCGCUAUGUGCAGGUGAUUAUUUGUUAGUCUGGGGCAACGGUGAGCCACAGGGUGGCUAUCUGGACGCCGAACUGUUAGAUGGUAGGAGGGGUCUCGUGCCGGCAUCCUUCGUGCAAAGAUUAGUAGGUGACGACUUGUUAGAAUUUCACCAGGCCGUGGUAUCGACGCUUCGUGACGCCGACGAUGCUCCCAUUACCCUCGAUCCGGCGCCGUUACCCAUGAACAAUCCCCUUGUGCCGCACACAACCGAAGACUUGGCGCGUAUCAGCGAAACCCACACUGACUUAGGUCAAGAGUUUGACGAUGAAGCCGACACAGUUCCUGCACCGAAACAUCUCACCCUGGAAAGGCAAUUGAACAAAAGCGUUCUAAUUGGCUGGACGCCACCGGAUCCUCCUGGAUGCAAUCAGAUCGAGAGCUACCACGUGUACGUAGACGGCGUACUGAAAGUGACUGUUAAGGCGACCGAACGCACACGAGCACUAGUAGAGGGAGUAGACUCCAAUCGACCACAUAGGAUAAGCGUACGUAGUGUGACACAAAAUCGUAGAACCUCUCGCGAUGCUGCUUGCACAAUGAUUAUCGGACGUGAUACAGCACACUUAGGACCAUCGGCGGUUAGGGCCACUAACAUAACGUGUUCUAGUGCGAUCAUCUCGUGGCUGCCAGCGAAUUCCAACCAUCAACAUGUCGUUUGUGUGAACAAUGUAGAAGUACGAACGGUGAAACCAGGUGUCUACAGGCACACAAUAACAGGUCUAGCUCCCAGCACACAGUACCGCGUGACGGUACGCGCAAAACACUUGCGCGCAUCAGGCCAAUCCCAACCUGCGACCACAGGUCCACCUCCUGAAGAAGCGCCUGGUGCUUACACCGAUUUCAGAACAUUGGCCAAAGGACUACCCGAUCCACCGCAGGAAAUCCAGGUUGAGGCAGGACCACAGGACGGCACGUUGCUGGUCACCUGGCAACCGGUGACACGACCUCCCUCGUCUGGACCCGUAACGGGAUACGCGGUGUACGCGGACGGAAAGAAAGUAACCGACGUGGAUUCACCCACCGGCGAUCACGCGCUGAUCGACAUCGGCAAACUGGUCGGACUCAAUCCCCGAGCAGUGACCGUGAGGACCAAGUCUCGCGACGCACAGUCGACGGACAGUACACCAACCAUGAUACCAAGCUUUGGAUACCCAGAACCAAAUACUGAAAAUGGACUAAACUAUUCAUCAUCAUCACAACAACAACAAUCGCAACACAACCAAGACCAAGUGCGUGCUGCCGCUAGGAAUCGAAAUCCGGGCGGGGCAAUCCAACCUCAACCAGGCCACUUGCGCAACCAGCGAAUGAUGAACAAUCAGCAGAUGAUGAACAACCAAACGAUGAUGAACAACCAGAUGCAGCCAAUGAAUCCGAACCAAGUUAUCGACCACGAUGAGAACCUCAGUGAUAAGGAGAUUUACCCAGGAUCGAUGCAUCAGCAGGGCUAUCGGAAUCAGAACAUGCCCCUCAACCAAGCUGGCCGUCAAACAAACCCUCAAGGACCAAAUCAAUCUUAUUAUGGUAGCUCGAAUCCCCAACAGCAGCAACCACAACAACAAACACAACAACAGCAGCAACAACAACAGCAGCAGCAGCAACAACAACAGCAGAUGGGUCGGAACCCUAAUCAGCCACGUAUGAUGAACCCAAAUCAACCGAUGCCACCUCAAACGCAGCAGCAGCAACGAAUGGGUGGUCCAGUGCCUGGUCAACAGAUGACACCUCAAACCAUGCCACCCUUCCCGUCACAUCUGAUGGGAGCGUCCAAGAAGCCACGAUACUUCAUGGCACUGUUUGACUACGAUCCGGCUACCAUGAGCCCCAACCCAGACGCGUGCGAGGAAGAACUUCCUUUCAGUGAAGGCGAAACAAUCAGAAUAUACGGCGAUAAAGAUGCGGAUGGUUUCUACUGGGGUGAGCUUCGUGGCCGAAGAGGGUAUGUUCCGCACAAUAUGGUCCAAGAGAUCGAGGAUGGUGCUCAGGGUGGUGUUGGUCCCUCUGUUCGAGGCAUUAGUCGAGACCGAUGGGGCGAUAUUUACGCCAAUAUGCCGGUAAAACGGAUGAUCGCAUUGUACGAUUACGAUCCGCAAGAACUAAGCCCCAAUGUCGAUGCCGAGCAGGUGGAAUUGAGUUUCCAAACCGGCGCCGUCAUACUUGUGUAUGGCGACAUGGACGAAGAUGGUUUCUAUAUGGGCGAGUUGGAUGGUGUACGCGGUCUGGUGCCCUCAAACUUCCUUACUGAGGCACCUGAUCAGUACAAUAACCAAGGCCCGAACGCCAACAAUAUGGCACAGCGUACGCUCAACAACAACAAUAAUCGGGGACGAGGGAUAGGUCCCGGAGCACGAGGACCUCCUCCUCCACCACGGGAUAACAUGGGCGGCAUGGGUGGUUUGAAUCAACGGGGCCCGCAACGGAAAGAUGCUCGCCCUUCUUCCCCUACACUGUUAGACAACACGGGCCACCCUGCCCCCGAUCACCAAACGCAGGGGAUGCAGGGGAUAGGAGGGAUGAUCGGUCAAGGGAUAGGGAUCGGUGGUAAUGUCGGCGGAAUGAGUAGCAUGCAACAACAGACGCCACUGCAACAGCAACAGAUGCGACAACAACAGCAAAACCAGCAGCAACAAAUGCAACAAAACCAGCAACAACAACAGCAACCCACGACCACAGCCUCCUCUGGUGGUGUAUUCUCUACAGCUACUAAUCUUCUAUCGGGAGCUGCCGGUGCAGCGACCGGUGGAUUGUUCGGCAAGAAACCGGCCGCCCAGACCCAACAACAGCAGCAACCAGGUGGUCAAAUGAACCAACAACCCCAACAGCAGCAAUCAUCCGGUCCAUUCAGCAGUUUAGGCAUGAAUGUGGGCUUUGGUGGUGGCCAACAACAACAACAGCAGCAGCAGCAGCAACAGCUUCAUCAACAGCAGCAACAGCAUCCCGGGCAGCAAGGCCAACAAGGCCAACCAGGACAGCAACAGCAAGGUGGUCCCAACAUUAUGGGCAAAAUCCAAGAGAUGGCAGCACCCGGUGGUGACAUCUUGUCCAAAGGCAAAGAGCUAAUAUUUAUGAAAUUUGGCCUGGGUGGUAAAUAACCCCAGGCAUUUAGUUCACAAUAUUAUAAUUAUUAUUAUUGGAUUUGUAGUGAACCUAGACUAUACUGUACAUUAUUAUUGCUAUGAAUCAUGCUUAACAUUCCGGAAUCUAACACGAACACAAUACGAUCCAGUACGAAGCUCGUAACCGCAAAUGGAAGGAACAGAUAGUAGGUUGGUAAGACUAAAGCAAACGGAUGAACCAAAUCAAUAUUCACUAUUUUUGUUUUGUUUUCAUUAUGAAAAUAACAAAAAAAAAUGUAAAUAUUUAAGAAAGAAAGAUUUAUUUAGGUCUAACAAAAAUUUGAAACAAAUCCAUGAUCACGCACACGUAUUGUGAAGAAAUUGAUUGAUUAGUUUGAAAGUUUAUCUCAAGAUAGCUUUUAUUUGUUCUGCUCUUGGGGAUAAGAAGAAAUGCUCCCCGAAAAUAAUGGAGCUGAUACUUUUGCAAAACUAUUUGGCUAUUGCUGUUUAUUUCUAUCGUAUUCCAUUUUUUCUGUUUUUGGUAUACAAUGUUGUAGUUAAAUCACAGUCAUUAAAAAAAGACAAAUUCUAACAUUAAGAUGAGUGAUCAAAACAAAAUGAAUGAAAAGGUGAUAUUUACAUUUAAAGCGAAUAAUUACCCAUAUCAUUCCACAUCAAAAUAACUAUGAAUUAUCACAAAUAUAUUGUAUAUUUAGAAGGAAAGAUGAACAAAAAAUAAUUCAUGCUUCUAAGUGCUGUUCAAUAACUAGAUUACUUUUCACAAAAUCACGUGUUUAAAACUAUCCCCUCCUCUCAUCAAUCAUCACUACAGGCUAGCGGAAAAAACGAACAAAAAAAUCCAUUAAAAUGAUACGGCGCGUCUUCAGCACAACACAAAAUAUUAACAAUAAAUAUCUUUGACUAUUAAUAAAAAUAAAAAAAAGGAAAAUUUGAGAUAACCUUUAUCGUUAACUUAUUAUUGAUCCCAAUUUGAAUUAAUAAUCAAAUAGUAAACAAAUAUCAACUUAUAACAGUGUUAUUAUUUGUUGCUAUUUUUGUUCGUUUAUACAAGCAAAUCGUUGAGAUGUUGUAAUGAUAUUUAACACUUACAUCCUGAAGGAGAAUAUGUAGCUAAAGCAAAGUCUGGGGUAAUAUACAGAAAAAAAUAAAAAGAAAUAAAAACAAUACAAAGUUUAUUCCGAUGCUCUUGCUGAAGACUUGACGGAACUACUAGGCAUCGGGGCUCGAGAAAAAGCGAUAAACGUGUCGACUAAGCGAACUAAAAACCACAUUGGCGUGUAAAUAUCAGUACUAGGUCGAAGACAAUGGAAAUGAAUCGAAACCCUAUUGGUAUGAAAUGCUGACGUUUGUUAGCUGGAAUAACAAAUGGUGCAAUGUUGAAGCAAACACGACCACAAAUGUUUACCCACCAUUAUUAAACUGAGAAUAUUUAUAGUUAUUAAUCAAACUUUAAAAUAUAUCGACAAAUAAAAGAAAAUACAAUGGAACAGAAUAACAGAAAAAAAAAACAAAGUCUAAAACACAAGUUGAAAAACAAGAAGGAACAUGCGAACACGCAAAUGUGAACUGGCAAACAAUCUCGAAAGCUUGAUAAGUUUAGAACUAAAAUGAGCUCCAAUCGCAAUAAAACGAGAAUCAAUCAAGUGACGGAAAGGAAUCAGUAAUCGUUUACCAAAAAACACACAUAACACAUAUGCAUAUAAAUUCAUCCCAUCUCCGUGGAUGUUUGAAAUCAUUCCAUUCUACGUUUUCGUAAAAGAACUUUCGUUUCGUAUUACCAACACACAUCACUUGAAUCUUCGAUUGUCGUUAAUGGACGGUACAUACACUCACCCAAAAUACGUACUGAAACACACACACAUACACACACGAACACAUCGCUUACUAAGAUGAGGUGAGGUAAUAUGGUAAAAAUCAGAAACAGCCAACAAAUUACGCGAAGCUGAAGCUGUCUACUAUCGUAAGUAAAUCGUACUGUGCAUCCAAUCGUUUGACUUUGACUUGCAUUUUGUUUAUAAUACAAUGGCUGAUAACUGUUUGGAGAAAGUCAUCCUCUGAUAUGUGCUCGUGCCUGAAUGCGCAGCUUCUAACGGCUCACGCGCGUUUCUCAAUAUUUUGUUUAUUUUUUGUCCCAAUACCCGGUGAAGCAACUGCGGCUUAUUAACAAUUUGUUCUCAGAAUGAUCUUGCUCUAUUCGCGUGGAUUUGCUCGUUUACUCGUCCAUUUGAGGUGAUUCAAAAUUUUCAUUCGUAAUUAAAAAAAUCUCCCUAUUUUUCUAGGGCCCAACGACUGUAGAAUGGCGUAGACGUCGCAAAAAGAAUCGCAUCCAACUGUAAGGAAUAACAUCGUGAUUUUAUUGUGAAUAUCAUAGAACUAGUUCGACUAAUAUACGACGACAUGAUUUAUUUUAUAAUCGAAGGGGUCCAAUGCCGUGACAACGUUUGCUUUCUGAAAAUAUAAGAAAGAAUGUUGUCUGUUUGAAACUUUGUAGAAAUCUCUUUAAAAAAAAACAAUAUAUUCUUGGACAAAAAAAUUUGAAUAUAAAAAAUUAAUAUAAUUUCCAGUUGAUCUGGUUUUUUAUAUGGUUAUUUCUCGAAGCAAUGGCAAAUCGCAGACACGGGAGUGUAAAAUGCAUGGUAUUUGAUUUGUUUUAUACGACAUUUGACGAACAGUCAUUAGCAUUUAACGGAAAAAGCAACAUAGUCAAAUGAAAUGUCAAAUAAUAUUCGUCAUUUAUAUGUGUUUCCUCGUAUGGAUAGGAUGAUGACGAAUAGAUAAAAUAUUCUGGAAUUCCCCCAUAGUCACUGCCAAAUCAUUUCCAAAUUUCUCAUCUCUUCGAUGCGUUCUAGGAAGGAGGAACGUUAUACCAAAAAAGCCAAUUGGCGAUUUUUCACAUAAUGAACGAAGGUGUUAGCCUACACAGAUUCAAGCAACCCUCAAAACAUUCGUUUAUAGAACAGCUAGUUAGUCUAGCUUCAGCUCUAUUUGAUAAGCAAUAUUUUAAAUGUUGUUUUUUUUAAUUAACAACUAUUCUUGCUCGUUUUAUCGAUACUUAUAAUACAAUUUCCGUAACUAUAAUACGUAAUUUAAUCGAAUUUAUCGAUUAAUAUCUACCGAAACGCUGCAGAGCUGCAAAAAUCUGUUAAGGAAUUUCACGUCCAACUUUUAUUUGAGCAAAAUAUCAUUCUAAUGGCUACUGCAACGGUUUUUGUGUGGCCACAUACGCUCGCUCCAGUUCUUGAUAACUCUCGGUGCACAUUUUUUUGGAUUUUUCGGAUUUGCAGCAAUAGUGGCAUCAAGUUCUUCAAAAUUUUCUGGAUCAUUGACAUCAACCUUUUACAAUACAGGGUGUUCAAUAAGUUCGAAUACACUUUAAAAAUGUAUUUAAAAAAACAAAAUAUUCUUUUCUGCGUCAAUUUUUAUUGAGUCAAUGUUUAUUGAGAAACCUUUACGACAUAUUAGCUAGGAUCACCCCCGCUGUGUACUGUAUGACUAGCUUGAGACCUUUGGGCCCCUGCGCUAUCGAUUUGAAAGACCGUAGAGGUCCCGAAGUGCCGGGGCUACAACGUUCUCCAGAACCUCGGUCUUACAUUACGAGGGUAGUCCGAUAAGUACUUAGCCUACAAAAAAACAAAAAUUUUGAAAAAGUGGCGAUUUAUUUCACAACAUAGUUUCCUUUUAGCUCGAUACACUUGACCCAGCGAUGCUCCAAUUUCUUUAAUCCAUCUAAAAAAACGUUUUCUCGAGGUCCGCUAAGUAGGUCUCCGUGGCGGCGAUGACCUCCUCAUUCGACUAAAAUUUCUGCCCGGCGAGUGACUUUUUCAAGUUUGGAAACAAAAAAAAAAUCGCAUGGGGCCAUAUCUUGAGAAUACGGUUGAUGGGGCAGCAGUUCGUAGUGCAAUUCGACCAAUUUGGCCAUGGCGACGGCGGAAUUUCCAUUUUUUCAAUUUUUCGAAAAUCCGCGACACGCCUGCUUCCACACACGGUCAAAACAAAACUACGAGUCCGAUUUGGCUGAAAUUUUGACAGUAGCCGUUUACGAGGAUGUACUACACUAUAAGUAAUCUCUCUUGCCCUACUGACACCAUCGGGCGAUGAGGUUAAAUACUUAUCGGACCGCCCUCGUAUGUGUCAUUGAUUUUCACGUUUUUCUAGAUAAACGCCAGUGGGAGCUUCCCACGCCUGGAUACGGUCCCCCAAACCAUCACCGACGUGGCGCUCUGGAACCUGGAACCGCGAGAUAUUUAUGUGGGACGGGGGGAUGCUCGCCAACGUCGGCCCCACAGCCGAUCAUCUUAGACAUUGUGCGACUGAUGUGAGACAAAAAGUGUUUCUCAUCAGAAAAUACGAACUCCUGACAUGCCGCGAAAGUAUCAGUUUGGCUCUGUCCAGCAUCUUCUUCGUUGUAGCCUUGCGUUUCUUGUACGACUUGUUUCCCAGGUUCUUCGUCAUGAUGGCGUGUGCAGUUCCGAUCGACACAUCCAGGUCAGCUGCGGUCUUCCGGAUCGAGCGGGUCAUCGACAAACCCGCUCCAUCACCACCUUGAUGGCUGCUGGCGUCCUUACCGAAAGCGGCCGCUCGGAUCUCGUACGGUCCUUGGCCGAGCCCGUCUCCCGAUACCGUGCGCUUCGUUUACCCUAUAUAUGAGGCUAAAUCUGACACCAAUAUGUAUUCGAAUUUAUUGAACACCCUGUAUACUAACAAUUAUACUUAAAAACAAUCCAAUCACAUAAAGUCACAUGAUCUCGGUUGCCACUUAUGAGCGCAAUUUUAUUUAUUUGUUUGUUUCUUGUUUUCGAAUGAAAUCGCUCAAGGUUAGACUUCAACUCUAACCCUAAGUUUUAAAGCACAUUUCGUCAUAUAAAAAGCGUGGACAAUACUAACAUGGUUGUAUGCCCUUAGACAGGGAGUGUAUGGUCUAUUAUGUCCAUCACUAGUUCUAUGACGCGGUAAACUGAUAGUCAGAAAACUUCAGAGGAUUCGCUAAGGGACAUUGGGGUUGAUCUGCUGCAGUAGUCGGCGUUUCCAGUCGAUGUUUCAUUCCAUUAUAUCAAAUAUAAACAUUCGCUGGAACUCAAGCCGUCGGCCCGAUGAAGUUUCCAGGCUGAUGAGCAAGCAUCGAGAAUUCGCAAUGUGCACCACCUGGAACAAUGACCAAAUUGUUGCGUACUCAACAAUGCUGCGAUCUAAUGUGCAGAACAGUGUCUUCAGAGUGUAGACAUCUGUAAAGUCAGUUGUCUGCCUUCAAUAAAAUUCAAGCCCUGUGAAUGCUUUGGCUGCUGUAUCUGCUGAUCAAGGAAUCACAGCUUCGAGUCGAUUGUAACUCCCAGAUCGCAAAUAGAGUUGACUCGUACAAACGACGUAUAACAAAAGAUCAUUCUGCAUUCAACCUCAUUCCAUUUUCGCGAUAGACCACAGCGGAACUUCGUCAAUCUAUCUUUGAAGAAUGAGACAGUCCAGUGCAGAUGAAUGAUUAUCCUGUAAAACUUGAGACAAUCGGCAAACAUUUGUUUUGGGGACAUCACUCGAGAGCACACAUUGUUCACAGACAUAAUGAAGAUGAUCGGACCAUUUCGGCUUCCCUGUAGCUCACCAGACGUAACGACUAUUCUUUACAGUAAACUGAGUCGACACAGAUUGAAGCUUUUCGAUUGCACAGAUAUGAGUGAAGCCAUUCGGUAAUAUGUCCAAGAAAUCCCAUACGUUUGAACUUGGGUAAUUGCGGAAUCGUGUGGCACAACAUCAGAUGUUUUGGACAGGUCGACGUAGACUGAAUCGACUCGAUUCCUAUUCUCGACAUCUUUGAUUGAUUAGUCGUCGUUGACCUGAAUUUCACAAAUCCAUGCUGGUGUUCUGAUACAGAUCUUCACAAAUAGAUUCCUUUGUGCAGAUAUUUUUGAAUCGCCAAACCCGUUGAUGAAUAUACACAGGCAUCACAAGCAGUUCUUCGCAAAGCUGUCCAAUGUUUAGUGGAUAUUAGACAAGUUGAUCCGUAUAUACUCGACGAGAAGAUUGACUGCUAUGAUUUCAGUUUCAGGAUGCCUUGGAUGAGAAAAUUCGGCAAGUGGACUGGAAGCAAUUACUGGAAGAAGGUUGACGACGCGGCUGCCCAUUUUUAUGACGAGCUUUAUCGGAUUAUAAGAAUCAGCGCACCAUUAAGAAGAAGGAAUCGAAAACUAUACUAGAACCAACCGUGGUGAAAUGCGGACCUAGGAAGUGUUCGAAAUUGUCUUCGCAAGUCUAGGAAACCAUUUUUUAAAUGUAGGAACGAAUUUCGAAAAACAGAAAUUCUUGGAAUAGAGACGCAAUAUAAUUCUUAGAAUGCACAAUGUUAUAAACAACCGGAAAACGAUAAAAGUAAUACCACAAAGCGUACGCUACCAAGAAAUCGCCGUACGUCACAAAAAUUUGCAGAUAUGUUCUUUCAAAGUGUGUCAAGUAACAACUCGCCACCUUUGACUGAAACCCACCUAAACAGUAUUCCACAUUAUGAUGUGAACUUACCUCGGAUGAGUUUCUCGGCCCAUGAUGUGAUGCUAAAGUUACAAUCUAUCGAUGGAUCAAAAGACACUGGUCCUGAUCAACUGCAUCCGUCGCAGUGCGCAAAUUCCCUAGCCCUAUCCGCAAGUAUUUUGUUCAACCGUUCAUUUAACGAGAAUAGCUUUCCUACGCUGUGGAAGUGCGUCUCAAUCACACCAAUUCAUAGAUCUAAUUUCCUAAAUGAUGUCGAGAAUUUUCGACGGAUCUUCAUUUUCAACUACCUGUCGAAGGUUUUGGAAUGCAUGGUGCAUGAUGUACUUUAUCAGUUUACCAAACGCAUCAUUUCCGAUGACUACCAACUUGAUAAACCACGUAUCGAUUCUUCUGGAUAGAAUGGAGAAGCAACAGCAAGUCGACGCUGUCUAUGUGAACUUUGCCAAAGCUUUCGAUGAGGUACCUCACAUUUUGGUAGUUGAUGAGCUCGGACAAAUGGGACAUCCAGAGUGGCUUACUCAAUUAAUCUGUUCAUAUCUCACGGACCGCAUCUACUUCGUUAAGAUAGGAGAUCUUGCUCUGUUCCUGUUCAGAUACGGUCCGAAGUUCCUCAAGGCAGCAUACUCAGACCCUUCUCUUCAUUAACGACCUCUGCACGAAGCUUAAAUCUAAGAAGUUGUUGUACGCUAACGAUUUAAAAUUCUAACGAGAAGUUUCAACGAUUCUGGAUUGCUAGGCGCUUGAAAUUGGAAUCGAUUCACUACUGGAAUGGUGCAGAUUGAAUGGGAUGGAAGCUAAUCCUAACAAAUGCUGUGUGUUUUGUUUCAACCGUUCUCGUAUUCCACUUUUUCCGACAACAGAAAGGGAAACACAAUCUUGGAAUAUUCGUGGACAGUAAAUUGAAAUUCACGGAACAUAUUGCCGCAGUAACGGUCAAAGCGUACUCUAUACUUGGAUUCUUUAAGCGCACCUCAAAUCACUUCGAAGACGUGUAUAGUUUAAAAUCAAUACAGUGAUUCACUCGUGCGCAGUGUAUUAUAAUAUAGGGUGCAGGUUUGGGCUCCGUAUCACAUCCGUUCACAUCAACCGGAUCGAACGGAUUCAAGUGCACUUUGUCCGAUAUGGCCUAAUGGCGAUAAGGCGCUUAGACUGGAGGGAUAGGACGAUCCUGUCAUAUUAUGAAAGCCGAUGGAUGUUGUACAUGAAAAUGUUUUCAAUCUGCCGACCCUCGCACUCUUAGACACUUAGUCGAGAGCUUUUACAAACUUCGUUGGUUGAGAAUACGAUUGUCGGAAGAUUAAUGUCAUAUGAAAGCUUGCGCUGAAAUCAUCUACGAUACAUUGCAGGUUUUGUUUUAUUGUAAACGCUCCGGAAAAAGUUGGCAAAUAGGUCAGCAUUUGCGGCUGUUUUAAUUUUGUUGUACAGUUUGCAUAUACACCCUGUGAAUUUCAACAAGAACAUAUGUACGCGGCUUCCUGCCAUGGGACUUCCGCAGACUUCCGCAGUGGUACGCCACGUGCGUGACGUACACGAGAAACAUAUCCACUAAACAUUGCCGCCAGUCGAUCGAAGCAAUAGCGUUGUUCAACGCACCGAAGUUGCAGCGUCUGAACUUCAUCUCCAUAGUUUGAUGCUACAUUUCCGCAAGCACAUCACUGUGACAAGUAACAAUGGAUCGGCAGACUCGACUAAUUCCACAUUGUCUGAAGCGUUGACGAAGGAAGACCUGUCUUAGUCAGUGAGGAGGCAAUGAUUCAAUAAGUGUCAUCCAUUCAGGUUCUCGUCAAACUACCAUCUCGGAUCCGAAAGAUUAAAAUGAGCCACGUACAGAUCAGCGCGAGAUUUUGGACAUAGAUAUAUACAACAGAUGUACACUGGCCGAGUUGUAAGUUUGAUUUGAACGGAGACUUGCUCAAGAUGAUUGCACUAUAGUAACUACACUGACAUGCAUCUGUGACUAGUGUUUACUGUGUCAAGCACUCCUUCAUCCCUUAGGAGUUCACUUAUCAGUUCGCUGCAGUCGACACAGACAGUAUUCGGAUGAUAGUUCUGAAUCAAUAAUGUCGGGUUGAAGCCAGGUCUCAAAAGGUCUCUCUCUGAAAACCAAGAUAUCGUAGCCACAGCUAGAAAGUAGCAGUCUUAGAUCUUUUGUUUCAGUACGUAAGCCCCGCACGUUCUGGAAAUACUUAUCGUUUUCAGUAGCAUGUCGGAUUGUAGCAACUGACUGGUUGUUUCCCGAAUCAUCAUUUCUAGUGAAACAGCAAAAUUGAUCAUGCACGGUAGGUCUUUCACCAAGCAAGUGCUCGCCUGUUGCGGAUUUCGGAAGAUCUCCGCCUCUACCGUGACUUAAGGGCCAAGGGGGAUUCCAGAGGUGCCCUGUUGGCUCAAAAACCACCUUAUUGGUUUUAUGCCAAUAAGUUUUAAGGUGAAAUGUGGCAGUAUGCCAAAUCCUUUCUAAACAGUGUCGAGCAUUCGUAAAACCUCAAGAAGGAAAGAAGGUGCCUUUGAAGCCUUCCGUAGAUUUGCUUAUUCAAGAUCGCUAAGACUAGCAGUGGCUAUCAUAAUACAUGACCAAACUCAUCACACACCAUACACUCACUCUGUCUAGUGCCGAAUGGAAAUGCAUAGUAGCCACGCAUACCACUACGCCACCAGUGCCGGAAACUGAUUACUCAUGCUGAUCCUACUGCAUAACCUUUUACCACACAGCUUUUAUCUAUGUCAAUGAGUUCGUUUCGAACACAGCGACGCAACUUUCAUUUGAAUUUAAACUGCUCGAAUAAAUUGAUGUUUCAAUCCGCUUCGAAAAUGACGAUUGGGAACAUCGCUUCAGUUUGAAAAACGACUCGAAUGUACGUGAAGCGAAAAGAGCACGUACGAAUGGGAAAAGAUAUUCAUUUUAUUGAGUGUUCCGUUUCCAUCCUGUUCUAUUUAUAAGGGGCUUUAAACUGAAGGGUAUCGCUGUUAUCAUUCUACCCACUUUCAAUCAAAAAAUGCAGACGUAAACAUUACACUCUAAACUACUUUAAGUAAUUUUUUAGCGAUUUUAUCCCACAUCCUAAACAGUUACAAUCGGUUGGGUGUUCAGUUUUUUUCGAACACAAUCCAUAGUCGGAUGCAAUUUUCCGCCUUCUUAUUUGUUCGCUAAUUCGGCACGGAAAACAUCGUUGCAAUCACCAGUCAUUCAUUCCACAUAGCAGCGUUAAUAAUAUGUAUCGUACAGAAAAGAAAAGAUUCCAUUGAAAAUAUACCAUACCAUUCCGACACUUCAACACAACCUAUAAAUACGUAGAACUGAAAUUUGGGAACCAAAGAAGAGGGUAUAAUAUGUUUACGCGCACCGAUCGGUACCAGUAUUGGUGUGGCAGGUUUUUCUUCGCCAAACUUAAAAACAACCAAAAACGUGUUAUUAUAGUAUUAGUAUAGUUGUACAGAAGCCAGUGUAAAAUUUCCCAAAAGAGCCAGAGCGAACCAUAAGGUUAUACAUCAUUCCGUUUUUUUUGUUCUUUCAAAUUUACCGUUUGCUUUUUCCCAUUAUCGUGGAAAUUUCGAACAUAAAAACUUACUUCACCUCAACUUUCUACAAACUUCUCAGCUUACUAUUUUUGAACUACACACACAAUCACAUUAGUAACAUAAAGCUAACAUUUAUAUCAAAUUCGCAAUCUGUAAAAUAAUAACUAUUAACUGAGAGAACGAAGGAGAGGCAAUAUCGGUAACAACGGAGAAAAACUAAAAUAUGCGAGAAGAGCAAAAAUGUGGUACGGAAAGGACAGCAGAAAGAUAAAGAAGAGCAUUCUAUUGUUAUAUUAAUAAAAAAAAUAAGAGAAUAAAAUUGAAAAAAUAAAAUUCAGUUUGGUGCCUUCUGAAUGUUUGACGCGUGGAAUUUACUUUUUAGUAGUAGUAUCUUUAUAUCUAGCCUGCGUCUGGGAGAUUAUAUUCAGCUUAUGAGAUAAAACCUUCAUUGGAAGUUUAUAAAAUUCAGCAAAAUUAUUUUGAACAGCUACACUACUUCGUCUUUAAUGGAACUUGGUUUCUCUUGGUCUGAACUCCCACCACGAUUUGUAUGGAUAGCACUCUGAUACCACUAAACACUCGUGUAUGGGAGUCACAAGUCGUUCGUGCGCCACAAGCUUUUUUGACAAACAAUUUCCUAACGUUGAUUCCUCGCUUCUGUCAAUAUGUGAUUCGAUCAAUUGUGUUUCCCAUUUUUCACUCCAAAAAUUCGGUUUUAAUUAUUUCGAUGAACUGUAGGCAAACGUUCCGCUUGUCUUAUUAUUGUUCAUUGCCCGCCAGUGCUGCAAAAUAAGAUCAUAGCUAUGUCGUUUAUGAAAUUAAAAUGUGUAGCUACUGUUUGGAAACAAACAUGGUGUACAUACAAGUGGGUCGAUAGUUUGAAACCGAAAGAAGUUGGAACAUUACUGUAAACGUUAAAAUCAACACAAAGUGAAGCGAUACAAAGUAGUGCAUAGGAGGCGAACAGCGAUCUAAAAUGGAAAGGUGUAAUAACUUGUACAUUAAUUGGUAUAAAAAGUAGAUAUAUUCAUAUGAAAAUAUGAGCAAAUAAAAGUAAAAUACUAUUCCACAAAUGCGCUUCUCACGCUUUUUUUGUAAAUAAAUAACUACGCGAACUUCUUUAUCAACUGCUACCAAAACAAACCGAGAUAGCUGUAAUGUAAAACAAAAACCGAGCAAAGAUGCAAACUUUGACUAUCGCUAUAUACAGAACCAAACAAAGCUCGUGUUAUACUAACUAUCCGAACUAUCUUGAAGUAUGCAACAACGCCUCUGAAACGCUUCUUUUGUCCUACUUCAUCGCAAUGGAAAAUACAACAAAACAAAACCCCAAAUUUGGCUGAUCUUUUCGCGUCAUAAUCUCUUCUCUAAUAUUGAACGUCGUAAAUGCAGUUUGAAGAAAUCGAAACAUGGAUCCCUCUGUAUAAAACAAGUCUAAACAAAGAGAACAAAUACAAUAAUUAAUUAUAAAAAAACUUUAACUGAAGGCAGCCAAAUUAAACAUUUCAACUUUCAAUAAUCAAUUUAGCGGAGGAUUGAUACUGAGAAAAAAAACAUAGUUUAGAAAGCUGAAACAAUGCAUACACUAGAGAGUGACGUGAUUGUUACAAAUUGGAACCAUAAAAAUCUUGAAAAAAAAGACGCGUACGAUGAAUCAUAGUGUUUAUUGAAGUCGACAAAUAAAAAUAAUAAAGCGAACAUGAGACACCGAAGAAAUGAAUAUAAAUCGUUGGUUUUUCAUUUAUGUAGCUAUACUAUUCAUAAAGCAAACACAUAUCAAAUGCGGUUCUCUUGAAAGGUUAAUCCCGAAAACACUUCAAUUUACAGACGUCGAGCUUCAAAUUCUCUGUUCCGGAAAGUUACACAUUUCAGCACAUUCAUUUGUCGGGAUUUCCUUCACUUUAAUUACGGUUCUCCAGCUAGAUGCAUGAUUUUGGUUUUGGUAUUAGAGAGUUUGCAGUAUACACCGAGUAGUUUUUCUCGCUGGAAUGUUCCACGAUUAUGCAGCGAAGUUGUUUUCAAAUUGCAAUAUUACACCCGAGGGGAAGAAAGAAGGAAAUACACACAAAACUUGUACUUUACACAUUAAAACUCUAACAACAAGUAAAAUAUACAGAACAACAAUAAAACAGGCAUAAAGUAACAGAAUAAUACAUCUUUGUAAUGAUAGAGAUAAGAAAAAGCAUUACAAACAAAAAAUACAAUAAAUUAAUGAAUGUAAAUUAUAAAUCAAAA